CCUCAACAAUAGUGGGAAGAAAUGAGCGGCGGAAAGUUACAAUUAGAUGAAAGAGAAUAAUUAUGUUGUAAACAUUGGCGCAUCUUUAUCGCUAGUAUUUUUUUUUUCUUCCCUCUUUUGACAAUAUGAGAUGUUUUUGUUUUUCCCAGCGCGAUGAGUUUAAAGACGAAGAAGAAGCAUGUCAGAAAGUGAUGCCCCUGAGCAAGAUCCUGAAGGGGAUGUCUCAAGGGACCAUCAUGUACAAAGUACGAUCUGCAGACAAAUGGUACAGAAGGAAGUACAGGGUGGACAUGCAGAAUAUGCGACUCUCCUACACUCCUUCCAAGAAGCCAUUCUGGAGAAGAAGUGCGAUAUGCAAGUGCGGAUCUUUCUCACAACUGAGCACGAGUGCGGUGGAUAUAUUCAAUUUAGAAGAAGUUCGAAAAGGUUGGCAUUCCGAUGUAUUCAAUGUCCUAGAAGCAAAAUUUAGAAGAAAACUUCAGGCAAGGCUACACCCUCAGCUUUUAUCAAUAUUGAAGGAGGAGAAUUGUUUUUCCUUAAUAAUUGGUCCAUCUCAUAUGGUUUUAGACUUAAUUGCCCCAAACACCCAUGCUCGAGAUGCAUGGGUUAGAGGCCUGCGGCAACUCAUUGCUUGUUGUAAACAUCUGGAAUCACAGCACGAAGAAGAAAGAUGGAUAAAAGAACAUGUGAGAAAAGCAGAUGUUAAUGGCAAUGGCAGCUUAACAUUCGAGGAGUGUCUGACUUUACUUCAGCAACUGAACAUCUCUAUGAGGAGACGAGAAGUACGAGAACUAUUCAACGCAGCUAAUUUCAACAAAGUUAAAAUAGACGGUGAAGAUGCCCUCGAACCCGAUGAAUUCCUUCAUUUCUAUCGAAGUCUUGUCCACAGACCAGAAUUAGAAGAAAUCAUGAAAGAAUAUUCAUUAAAUAAUUCGACUCUAUGGGGACCAGAAGAAUUACUUGUUUUCUUGCUGAUGGAACAAAAUAUGCGUUUAAAUGUUGAAGAAUGCGAGGAUCUAAUAUCUGAAUAUGAACCUGAUGAAAAUAAAAUCCCUGGAUACCUUUCUUUGGAAGGCUUCCAGAGAUUAAUGUUAUCGGAUGCUCAAGAUGUUUUUAAUCAACAACAUCGAGUCAUUUAUCAAGAUAUGACUCAUCCCUUAACGCAUUACUACAUUUCAUCCUCUCACAACACAUAUCUGAUUGGAGGUCAGCUUAUUGGGGACAGCAGUAUAGAAGGUUACAUACAAGCCUUGACCAGAGGUUGUAGAUGUUUAGAAUUGGACACGUGGGACGGACCCGACGAAGAACCUAUUAUAUUCCACGGCUAUACAAUAACAAGUAGAAUAUUUUUAAGGGAUGUUCUGGAAGCUAUAAAGAAAUAUGCCUUCAAAACUUCGCAGUACCCAGUCAUCCUUUCCAUAGAAAAUCACUGCAGCUUACCCUAUCAAGUCAAAAUGGCUCAGCAUUUCGAAAAUAUACUUGGAGAAUAUUUGCAUAAAUCUCCAAUUGAGGAAGAUGAAGAGCACAUGCCUUCCCCGGAAGCAUUAUCAAGAAAAAUAUUCAUCAAGGGAAAGAAGAGAGAAGCUGGAUUGAUGUUCUCUUCAGACGAAUUUUACAUGCUUGAAGAUGAAGAAGAAAGAGAAGAAGCAUUGGCAGCAGCAGGUUUCGAUACUGGGGAUGGUAUUCCUGCCAUGGCAGCACCAGGUUUCGAUACUGAGGAUGCUAUUCCUACCAUGGCAGCACCAGGUUUCGAUACUGAGGAUGGUAUUCCUGCCAUGGCAGCGGCACCGAGUCAUGCAAAAGGUAUUUCACCGGAACUUUCUGAUUUGGUGAAUUAUUUCUCCGCUCGGAGGUUCACUUCUUUCGCAGAAUGUGACGAAACCUGGAGGUUCAAUGAGAUGGCUUCCUUCCAAGAAACCGUGGCACUCAACCUUGGAUAUUAUGAAGGACAACAAUUUGUGAAUUACAACAAGAAGAAUAUUUCACGAAUCUAUCCCAAAGGAACGAGGACAGAUUCGGGAAAUUACGAUCCAAUUCCUUUCUGGAAUUUGGGAUGUCAGCUAGUUGCACUCAACUACCAGACAUGGGAUCAGCCAAUGUACAUAAACGAAGCGAAAUUUGCUCAAAAUGGAAGAUGCGGAUAUGUCCUGAAACCAAAAUACCUCAUUGAAAAUGGUCAGUACGAUCCUAGCAAAAGCCCUAAUCCAAAGCAACAGCUACACGUGACGAUAAAAGUCAUAAGUGCACAAUUUUUGCCAAAACCAAAUCAAGCAUCUGACGGUGAAGUAGUGGAUCCAUAUGUCUCCAUAAAAGUUGUUGGACAUCCCCUGGAUUUGCAAAAGACCAAAACUAAGUUCAUCAGCAACAAUGGAUUCAAUCCGACGUGGAAUCAAAAUUUAACAUUUGUCAUCAACGCACCAGAAGAAGCGAUAUUCCAUUUUCGAGUGAAGGAUGAAAACCUGACAGGCAACAGCCUCAUUGGACAGUUUGCUCUGCCCUGCACAUCCAUGGUGGAAGGUUACAGACACGUACAUUUAGAAGACACAAGAGGACAGAGAUUGGAACCAUCCACCUUGUUUGUUCAUAUAAAGAUGACGCAAAAAGUUCGUUCGAAACCAUGAAUAGGAAUUUUGAGAAAACCUUUAUUUCAGUGACUAAAAAAUGAAAAUGCAUUUCCAAGUUGCUCAAAAAGGAAACUAUCAACAUUUUACAAAUGAAAGCGUUCAUUUUUCUGUUCCAGUAAAAAAAAAAAAAUCACUGCUUACCUUCUUUUUACUAUAAAACUUUUGCAUUUUCGCAACAAAAAAAAAUUAAUAAAGAUAAUCAACUUAAAAUUUAAUAAAUCUUAAAAAAACAUUCGUUAAACUGUUCUCAUGUCGAAUGUUUGUAAAAUCUCGAACGGGAAAAAAAGUAUUUUUUUAAUGAUUUUUGUAUUUAGUACAUUACUUUCUGUUUUGCGAUUUGCAAUACUGAAUUACGACAUCCGCUGCUGAUAUAUAGUUUGCCUAUAGAAGGAACUCCCCUUGCUACGAAGUCUAAAGUCGUCUGCUUCUAUGGAAAUAAGAAAUGGUGCUUCUUUUUCCCUUGAUUCACUUUUUCACACCGACCCGAGACGACGACGCCUGUCUUAAAUAAUGGCGCAACACCCUUACUUGAAAUAUUUAAACCUCGUAACCAUAGUCACCGCCUCUGCUCCAGACGAAUGGCUUGGGGAGUUCUUUACAUAGACAAACUAUACUUAUUGUGAGAAGAGAGGGGAGGAGAAUAUCCUCCCUCAACCGGUUUAUGUUUCUAGAGUCACGCCACUACACGCUUGAGAAACGUUUCAUUUUUUUUUUCAAAAAUAUUCACGUUAUUUGUCUGUUCUAAAGUAAUUCUCUAUGGCAUAAUGAUCAGAACCUUGAGGGACCACAUUUAAAUGAAGCAUUGAUGAAGGAGGCCGAAUAAGUUUAUCUACCUGUAAAAUUAUUAUGGUUUUUGUAUAGUUAUCAGCUUAUUGAAUUAUAUGAAAAUAAUGCAAAGUGUCAUUUAUUAAACUAAAAAAUUUAUAAUAGGAAAUAUUUUUGUAUUUAGAU